AUGAUCCUGCUUAGCAUGGGAUUAUUACUGCUUGAUUUGAUGUUCACACUAGCGGCCGACAAACCUGUACCACGCAGGGAUGCUGAAUAUCCGCCACCAUCUGCACUGGAGGGAGCAAUCGACAUGCACCGAGAAUGCGUUGCGGAAACUGGUGUUACGGAAGCGGCCAUACGGCGAUUCAGCGAUGAGGAUAUUUUUGAGGACGAUGAAAACUUGAAGUGCUACAUGAACUGCUUGUUCCACAAGUCAAACCUUACAGACGAUAAAGGAGAGCUGCAUCUCGGGAAGAUGAUGGAAGUCAUUCCGAAAGAGUACGAAAACAUUGCUCUGAAAAUGGGUAUCAAGUGCACAAAACCGAAGGGCAAAUCGUUGUGCGAACGUGCCUUCUGGUUCCACAAGUGUUGGAAGACUGCUGAUCCGGUGCACUAUUUCCUACUAUGA